AUGGCGAACCGCACCGGAAUAACGCAGGCGUGCGACUAUCUGUACGGCUUGGACGACUGCCAGUUUCAUCUCGAACAGCUCCUCUGCGCGUUGACCUGUAACCCCGAUUCCGGCAACUACGUGUUUGUGAAGGCCGGUAGACCCAUUCUGCGCGUGUGUCCGACGUACGCGCAGGAAGUGUUUGGGUACUGCAAAGACGUCUCACUGGGCAACGUGCUGGUCGGAGCAGGCUUCCCCACCAAGGAGCUCCUCCUGGGGCGUCUCUUCACUCCUCUCGUGCAGAAGCUAGGCAUUGGAAAUGUCGCCUUCAUCGUUUCCGAGAAAAACUGCUACAGUGGCCCUGCCGCCCUCCCCGAGCAACCUGCCUGCUGUGACCCGCUAUACGUCCCGAAGGAAUGCCCCUACGGCUCAGUAGACACUAUGAAAUACGCGGCUUUCAUCGGCCGUUCGAUGGACAGCGGCAAUGCAUCCAACGCUUGCCAAUGGUUCCCACUCCCAGACGAUCCCAAUGCCGCGCCGCUGCCCGAGAAUCCCCCUCUUCCGUAUAUUACCGGAGCUGCACACGACCCGCCGCCUCCUGAUGUUGGCACGCCUUGGUCCUCUGAGCCUGUUCCUAAAAGCAACCCAAGUGUUAUUACUUAUAAGGGAGCGGCGCGUAUGGGAGUCGCUGGUGUAGCAGCUUUUGUAGCGACUUUGGCUGCUUCCAUUAUUUUUGCUGGUUGA